GAGUGUAGCAUUCGUCGCUCAUUGCAUGAAAAACGUGAUGUGGUUACGGUUCGGUGAGGGAGAAUAUUAGCCAAGCCAAUGGAACAAGAUGUGAAAAUAAAACACGAAAUAAUAAUGGCUGGCUCAAAAUUUCAAGAACAACUCUACCUUCCGCUGAAAAUAGAAUCACAUCAAUGCGUAACGCGCGCGGAUUGUACGGACGGUUUUUCUACAAUGCAAUUAAUAAUUAUUUCGACAAAUUCGAGAAAGCAAAUGGUAUAAUAAAUCUGGCGUUCCUCGAGUGCGGCCAUCAAUCUCGUGAUUUUGAGUAGUCAAUAUUCGGUUGCAGCUGAUACGCGACACAUGGGUCCCGCUGUGCGGAAAGAUUUUCAUGAAAAAUUCAUCUUGUCACAUAGCAUUGCGAAUCAGAACGCGCGAUAUGCAGCGCCACCGACCGCGAAUUUCGUUGCUGGCUAAGCAGACUGGUGGCCACAGCGAUAUGACAAACAUUGGAAAGUAGCCAUAAUACAUAUUUAUAGUAGAUACGUAGAUGCUUCGCAGUAUGAUCAGAUCAGAUGGUGGAGAUACCACCAAACGGUUCUGAUGUAUCUUUAUAUCUCUAUUAUCAUCAUCAUCUAUAGACCCAACGUUGCCAUGGACACAUAUAAUAGUUUGUUACUCUCAGAAGAUAUUAUAGGAAAAAAUUAAGAUUGUUUUCCAAGAAAGAGUUGCCUAAAAUGUUCUGGGGAUUCAGUGAAGCGUUAGAUCUUUACGAACAAUACUGCAAAGCCCAACAACCGGGAGCAGCUCCACCAACUGAAUUGAACAUCUUGCUGUUCGGUUUAGGCGACCCAAGGCAUGUGUUGAAAAGUGCCUCCCGCUCAUUUAAACAUGACACAAAGUUAAAUUUUUUUCUUCUGGAAGGAUGCGUGGAAUUACUGGCACGAAACCUGCUUCUAACAAGUGUUGCUUUUGAGAGCCGCGAACUGUUUUCAGUCAAGGGGAAGACACAUCUGUUUAUGGAUAUUUUUGGCAAUACACUGCUAAGACCAUUCUCCAAUGCUUACAUUAACGCGAAAGCAAAAGUGCUGACGCGAAUGAUAACGGAUGCAGAAUUCGCUGAAUCUGCAGCACCGAUGUUUUCUUUUGAUAAACUAAAAUACAGGGAGCGAGAUCAUUUGGAAAAUGUGUUCUACUUUUGGACAAAUAGGGAGCAGCACGUGUUCAAUGUGGCUCACUACUGGGAUGUCCGGGUUCGUAACAUGCUUGGCGCCAGGUACGAUAACAAAAUGGGUACUUUCGAUUGGGACCUGCACAUGAGAUUGCGUGAAAAUGGGGCUAAGCAAAUUUGUCCUCAAGAAUAUAAACAUUGGCGCAACACAGGAAUCGCUUUUACUUUCCCGGAGUACGAACAAAGUGACCCCAAUAAAACGUUGGCAGUGGGAUUGAGCAGAAACGGAAAUAGCUUCAUGCACCGUGGUAUCGUGGGAGACAUUAGUACGGGACCGUACAUUUCAUUCGGAAACAAAUGUCCGGAAGAAAAAUUAACCGCUUCGAAACAUGGAGUAAACGAUUUCAGAUCGACCGAUGUUACAGAACGGAAUGUUUAUGAAAUAAUUUACGAAAUUCAGGAAAAAAGAGAUUACGUUUUAGAUGUCAACGAUAUCCACCAGUAUGGUUCUUAUGUUCUAGAUUCAGGCAAAAAUUUAAACAAGGAACAAAUACGAUCCGAACCCAUCGAGGCAUGCAAGUAUGAUCAACCGCUAGUAACUGCAGACAACAUCAGAAUAAUUUUCCUACCAAUUGAUGACGUAGCAAAAAUUCAAACUAAAUCAGAACAUUUCCACAAGUAUGACAUCGUUAUGAUUGCCAAUAACUAUUUCUCUUUUCUUAAAAACGAUUUCUCCAACAUUCUAAAAAACGAAAGCCUGAUUUGCUUUGAAACGCGCCAAUUGACAACGUUCCAUAAGGACGAAAUAUCCAAGUUCAAUGUCCAAAUUAAAGACUAUGCCAAAGCGUGCUCGCUCACGCCGAUAACCAACUUUGACAUCAACGUUCCUCACUCCAUCUUUCGCUACCGGAAUAAUUCUCACAACCAAUAAAAAUAUACUUUUAAAUUCUUACA